AUGGCGAUUCUGGAGGAGGAGCGAUGUUGGCGGGAGUAUAAACAGAGAAAAAGGGAGGUUGGCAGUCGUGGCCGUCGCUCCAAACCACGUACCGAUGAUGGAAUUAGCGAUGCAUCUGGUUCGUUACCCUAUUCUCGAAGUGACUCGGCUGAACGCGAAUGGCGCCGUUCCCGAAAGCGCCGUCUUGAAGAAGCAGCCACAAUAACCGCCUCUGCUGCUGGACCGACUACAGCGCUUGACUUCUGGCGUCAAGUCGUCCGCGCCUCCGACGAUCGGUGGGGUCACGACGGCUUCGCCGAACUGGAGAAUCCCGGCCCUCCUGUCCCCAUGUCGAUCGAAAAGCGCGAGUCGCUGCAGCCCGUUGGGCCGCCUCAGGUGCCGUUAGCAUCGUCAUUGUCCCACGCACCCAAGUCCUCGGUUCGAGUGCCCUCCCCGAACUCGUCUCCAUCCUCCUCCACGUCAUCAUCCUCCACCCGUUUGAAGAAGAGGCACAAAAGGAAAAAGAAGAAGAAGAAAAAGAAGAAGAGCGGCAAGAAACGAAGGAAAAGUGGGAGUCCGUCUUCCGGAAGCUGCACUACAGACAUUGAAUGGGUUGAAAAUUGUCCGUAA